AUGAAUCAAGAGGAGGGAGAACUGGUUCAGAACGGUGAAGGUAGAUGUCCGAGGAAGAGCUUGUCAGGGAUCGAGGAAAAGACCAUCCCAGGUUAUAAGAACGUAACUUACAAAGAAGCUGCUGCCGAGAAGGAGAUGCAGUUCAUAGACAAGACCGUGGAUACUGGUGCUCAUCCUCCUACACUGCCCAACAACAAUUUUGUUAAGACGUUGGAGAGAAAAGGGUACUUGUACGGCAGCAUGAUGGCUUUGCUUAUGGGGAUAGUGGGAGUAAUGAGGCUAACCAAGAACAUGCCAAGGAAGGCCAAUGUGUACCCAGACGGGGUGACUGUUUUGCCGACGCAGGAGUAUAUGGCGAUGGUUAAGAAGAUGACAGAUCUUGAGGAGAAAUGCAAAUCCAUGGAAGCUGCUCAGGUUGCGGUUUCUAUGGAGAGAGAGAAGGUUCUCGACGCUGCUCUUCGUCGUGCGCUGGACGAGACAAUGACGAGGCAACAUGAGAUAAUGGCUUACAUUGAGAAGAAAAAGAAGAAGAAGAGAAAGUUCAUAUUUUUCUGA